AUGGGGAAUAUUGCUUUCCGUUUUAAGAUCGAGCCCAUGGUUCAUCCUGACGGAAAGAACUGUAAAUUUGGAGCCGUUGUGACAGGACUUGAUCUGAACCAUUUUACCCCUGAAAUUGCGGCACAGCUGCGCAAAGCCACCUGGGAGCACGGCCUGCUCGUGAUCAAAGGCCAGCACAAUCUUGAACAGAAGCGAAGCUGGGAAUUGCUGCAAGAGCUUGAUCCAGACUGUGUGAAGAUUAACAACGAUGAAUUUGCCCGUUUGUUUUACACCAAGGACAAGCUAGUGGCCAAUAUUAAAGGAGUUGAAGUUCCUGAUGCGGGCGCCUUUUUGUUCAUCGGCAAGGGCCCGCAGGAAGACGAGAAAUACGGCAAGCCGGGUCUUGACAUGGGAAACGUCAACUUGCACCAAUACUACUACAGUGUGCCACUCUCUGAUGAAGACUUUGAAGCUGGACGCACCCGAUUCCACUGGUGGCACCACGACGCGACCUACAGACGAUACGAGCCCCCUAAUUUUACGAUAAUCCGGCCGAUCAAGUUCCCUGAUGCCUCAAAGACGCAAACGGUCGAGUGGGCUGACGGUUCGGGCCUGACAAUGCCGGUCAAACCAGGCCGCACGGCGUUUGUGAGCACCGAACAGCUGUACGAUAUGCUCAGCGAUGAGGAGAAGAAGAUUGCAGACCACAGUUGGGUCGAGUAUAUGUACUGGCCUUGGGAAUGGAUCCCGAAGUGCCGUGGUGCUCCAAACGGCUUGGGCGUGGCAAAUGAGGGUCUAGAGCUACCAGACGAGGAGAUGGAGAAGCUUGAGGACAUACAUCCAGAGUGGACGAAGAAGCACCCCAUGGUCUGGGUCAACCCCGUCACAGGCAAAAGGGCCUUUAUGGUGCAGCACAACACCGCACGCCGGUUGUUUAUUCGUAGCGGGCCAAAUGACACUCCAAAGGUUAUCGAUGACCUAGGCGAAGUGAGGAAAUUUCUUGACAACAUCCAGUCGAGGAUCAUUAAGCCAGAAUAUAUUUGGGCGGGCCCGGACGAAGAACACGAUAUCCUGCUAUGGCAGAAUCAUGGUCUUUUCCAUACAAAGAUUGAUUACCCACUUAGCUGGGGUAAUAGGGUCGUGCAGCAGGGCUGGCUGCCCAGCUACAGGAAGCCCGUGGGCCCGGUGCCGAUUCCAGGAGAGAACUGA